UGUGUGUGUGUGUCUGUGGGAAGUUGAAGCCCAGCAAAACUGAAUCUCCCCCUAGUGGCUGGCUGCAGUAUUUAUUUCAAGUACCGCCUCCUCCAUGUAAAUGAAUGAGUGAAUGUCCUUACUAAAUUGUAUAUCUCUGUCAGUAUUUUCCAGGCGAUUCACACAGUUUCUACCUUACAAAACACUUAGAACCCGAGAUCUUUUAGUCCCAAUGGCUCCAAACAUACAACCUGAUGAGAUGUUGAGUGAACGGAGGACACCCACAUACCCUACAGAGAUGGAUUUCAGCUGUAAAGUCCCAUUUUAUGAAAAGCUCAUACGACACCAUUAGGACCGUGAUUUGGGAGGCUUUGCAACCACAUGGUCACUAACUUCUUUUUGCUAAAUGUACUCCAGAACACACUCGUGUUGAGCAAAACAAUCAGGAGAAUUUCAAUAUAUCAAAAGGUUAGAAAAGAAGGCGAAUAAUUUCUAUUUAGGGUCUUCUUUCAUCUGAGAGCGCCGCGGCUCAAAGAGAGAAAACAUGCCAAGGGCUAAAAGGUUCAGUGUGGGUGGAGGUUGAGCCUUAGCAGAGCUUUCUCUCUUUCCUAAUGAUGCUUUGUAGCACAAAAAAAGUCAGAUGUAGAAUCAGCGCUCGUCUCUAAUUGGCUAUCCACAGGGAUGUGCUGAAAUAUAUGAACUAAAAACCACCGAAAUCGCUCUAAAUGAUGAGUUUUCUGUCAGGAUUUAUUAUCCUACAUCUGCUUCUGUUCUACUUCUUAGGUCAAAUAUCCGUAUCCUGAACUCCAAGAUGAAUUCACCAAAUUCCGCUUGGGUUUUCAGGAAAAUUCUACAAUAACAGACAACACAGGCGUGCGUUUAACGGAUUUAUUUAUUUUACAUGUAAUUCAGGAUAUCUUCACUAAGUUUCCAACAGCUAAUGAAGUAAAGCUCGACUCCACUGAUUCACGUUUGUUCUGUUACAGUAGAAGAAGCCUUUUCCUAGUUAUCUGUCCCUGAAGUACAAUUACUGAAAAGUGAGUUCUAUCACAGCUUUCCCCGAUGUGCCAAACCAGUAUCGAGUAGGUGGCAAAUAUCAGCCCAUCCCUGGAGGAGACACGCGUUGCAUGAACUGCAGGCAGCACUAGUAGAACCAGAUCCGGGCGUCUGGAGGAAAAGGCAGUCAGCGCCGAGAACCAGGAGGUCGAGUCGGUGUCGGUGAAGGAGAGGAUGGCGAUGUAUCAGGCUGCCGUGUCCAACAAGGAGAGCAGCAGCUGCCCCUCUGCAGCGGUGACGGAUGAGUCGGAGGCCUGCUCGCUGCCUGGUGGUCUGGCCACCGUCAAGAAACAGUUUGAGAGCCACGAGUUUGCCUCUUCAUCGUCUCACUCCAGCAGCUCCCAGAUCCAUGUCCAGAGGAGAUCUGUCCAGGAGAUGUCGAGCUCCUCUGAGGUGACAGUAAGAAGCAGUGCAAGAGAGAUUGUUCCUGCAACAACCCACUCUCGACAAGAGGUGAUCCACCACAGCACCGUGGCCAGCAGUUAUAGGAACCAUUCCAGUGAGACAGUUAUGCUUGUUGGAGGGGAGGACCUACCAAAGGUUUCCACUCAGGCUUUGAAGCAGCAGUAUGAAAAAACGAUUGAGGAAGCUGCACCAGCGAAGGCAGUGAAGGUUGAUGUGGAUUUCAGCCAGUUUCAGUGGGCCCCGGUUAACCAGUCGUCCAAAAUGUCCACUGCGUCUAGCUACAACACCUCGUCCACCGUUAAAACAAUGGCUGCUUCGUCUGUAGCAUCCACCUCAUCUCUGAAUCAAGAGGCAACAGAACGUUUCCCUCCCCCGCCGGCAGACCUGCCUCAGCUGUCACAAGAAGUCUCUGAAUACUCUUCUCAGUCUCAGGAGAAGACCUCCCAACAGAAGUGCACUUUUAAUAAGGAGCAGUACUUCAAACACAAGAGCAUGGCUGAGCUGAAGCGCCUCUACAAGCACAUACAUCCAGAAGUGCGCAAAAACCUUGAGGAAGAUUUUAUGAGUCAGCUCUCUGAAGCAGAAAAGGCAGCAUUUGAGAGCGCAGAGACGACAGGUGAUGUCCAGCAGGUGUGCCACAUGUUUGAAAAUGACGACAACAGCUCCGGUGAAUGCUCAAGCCCCGACAGCGAAUACCUGGAGUGGGAAGAGAUCCUCAAAGGUGAAGUGCAAACAAUGCGCUGGAUGUUCGAAAACAAGCCCUUAGACGCAAUCAAAGACGAUUCCCCAGAUGAAAGUGAGGGGAAGAAUAUUGCUCAACAGGAAAUCAUUGCUGGCAAGGAUGUCAGGUAUACAGCUUGGAUGUUUGAGACUCAGCCCAUGGACGCUCUCGGGACCGAGGCUGCAGAGGACACCGAGCAUUCUCAGAAACAGACGGACCUGGCAAGAGGAGAUGUCCGUACCGCAACCUGGCUUUUUGAAACUCAGCCGCUGGAUUGCCUAAAUAGGAUUUAUCAAGAAGAUGAACAGGAGAUGCGCUGCGUUGUCACUAAAGACAUCACUGGUGGUGAUGUAAAAACCGCCAGGUACCUCUUUGAGACCCAGCAUCUGGAUUCCCUGGGUAAAACAGAAACCAUCGAGGAGAAUCACUUCCUGAGCUUGAAGUCGGAGCUGGAAGAGGUUAAAGGCGGGGUGAAGAUGACCACCUGUAGGUUUGAGACGCAGCCCAUGUGUGUCAUCAGAGGAGACUCGGGAGAGAUGCUGGAAAUCACCACAAUCCGCAGGGAGGAGACGGAGAAGGGAGACGUGAAGACCUCACGGUGGAUGUUUGAAACCCAGGCUUUAGACAUGAUCAACAAAGACCCUACCAAGGUAAAGCUGAUAUGUGGCAUUUCCAUGGAGAACGACUUUCAAGGAGGCGUGAACAAGGGCAGGUGGCUUUUUGAGACAAAGACACUUGACACCAUCAAUGAUGAGGAAUGGGAGUGCUCCAGAAAGCAAAAAGAACAGGUUGUUGGAGCUGAUGUGAGGAAGCACUGUCUUGUUUUUGAGACUCAGCCAAUGGACACACUGAAGGAUAACACCAAUGCACGACCGUCGGUCGUGGAGGAGAUUGUAGGGGGUGACGUUCGAUCAGCCAAGCAUUUAUUUGAAACAGUACCCAUGGAAAAUCUGAAAGAGCUGCCUGAAGUGGGAAAACUUCAGAAAAUGGUAACAUCUGAAGAAGAGAAGGGGGAUGUAAGGCAUCAGAAGUGGGUCUUUGAGAGCCAGCCGCUAGAAAGCAUAAGAGAGGAGAAGAAGGAAAUUACAAAAACGGUCAACAUCGAAGCGCUGGACAAAGGAGAUGUGAUCAGUUAUAAAGAGAGGUUUGAAACUAUGGAUUUGAGUAAAUGUGAAGGAACAAAGAAAAUCCAAGUUGAAGGUGUUCAAAGUGGUUCUGUUAGGUCCAACAGAGAACUUUUUGAAUCAGCCCCAAUGUACGCCAUGCAGGACAGCUCUGGCCAUUAUCACGAGGUGAAGACGGUGAGGCGGGAGGAGAUUGUGAAGGGGGAUGUGCGCAGCUGCAGGUGGAUGUUUGAAACACGCCCCAUCGACGAGUUCGACGAAAGCAUCAACAAAUUCCAGAUCAUAAAAGGAAUUUCCAAACAGGAGGUUGAGUCUGGAGACGUCAAAACAGCCAAGUGGCUGUUUGAAACUCAACCACUCGAUGCCAUUAAGUUCUUCAGUAAUGUUGAGGAGGAAGAACACAAAACUAAAGAAUACGUCAACAUUGAGAAAGGGGACGUGAAAACCUGUAGGUGGCUCUUUGAGACCCAGCCGAUGGACGUUCUGUACGAAAAGGUGGAAAAGAGCGAGACCGACAUGGAGGAAGUGCAAAAAGGUGACGUGAAAACAUGCACCUGGCUUUUUGAGACGCAGACGCUUGACAACAUUCGUGACCACACAGAGAGUGAGACGAUUCUGAAAACCUGCACAGUAAAGCAGGAGGACAUUCAGGGAAAGGACGUGCAAAUGGCUCGCUUCCUGUUUGAAACGGAGAACCUGGAGAACAUUGUGAGCGAGGACAGCGGCUCUUUCAGGAGAGUCACAGAGAUCGACGUCCAGUCAGGUGAUGUUUCCAGGAUGAAGUACAUCUUUGAGAAUCGCUCCUCUGACAUCAUGAGCUCCACCUCAGAGGAAACGAUGCAGCGGCUGAAGAAGCAGCAGGCCGAGGACAUCCAGAAGGGGAACGUGGUCAAUUGUACCUGGAUGUUUGAAAAUCAGCCAAUCGAUGCCAUCACUGAUGAUAUCACGAAGGCGAGGGAGGUUCGGACCGUGACCGAUGUCCAGGGCGGUGACGUCAACAAGGGGCGUUUUACUUUUGAGACUUAUUCUCUAGAUAAAAUCAGAGAGGAGUCCUCUCUAACGGACGUAUCGAAACUCACUAGCAUCUUUAGAGAAGACACAGAGAAGGGAGAUGUCAAAAAUUACACCAUGAUGUUUGAAACUCAACCACUCUACGCCAUCCGGGAUAAGGAGGGCCAUUAUCAUGAAGUAACCACGGUUACCAAAGAAGAAAUUAUGAGAGGGGACGUGGUGGGGGCACGGUGGCUGUUUGAGACAAAGCCCCUGGAUUCGAUUAGAGACUCAGAAGAGGUCUACGUUAUUAAAGCUGUGACGGAGGAAGGUAUUAACAAAGGAGACGUUAACUCUGCCCGCUGGAGGUUUGAAACUCAACCUAUUGAUGAAAUAACAGAAGACAUCAAAGUGAGGUCGAGGAUAGUAGCAGACAUUCAAGGCGGCGAUGUGAAGACAAAUAAGCAGAGAUUCGAGACCGAUGAGAUGUCUCAAAAGUACGUCAGAACGGUGAGUGUGAGCGAAAUCCAAAAAGGCGACGUCAGAUCCGCCACGUGGAUGUUCGAAACCCGCACGAUCGAUGAAAUUCGAGGCGACGGCGAAGAGUACGACGGCAUGGAGAGAGUUACUAAAGAGGAGGUGAUGAAAGGUGAUGUCAAGCAGUCUGUGUGGCUUUUUGAGAAGAACCCCCUUGACACAAUCAAAGAGUGUGGUGGCACACAGACUGUCGUGGCAAAGGAGGAGAUCCCACAGGCCGAUGUAAAGAUGACCACAUGGCUUUUUGAAACCACUCCGUUAAACCAGUUCAACGAGAGCAGCGUGGAGAAAACGGAAAUUAUUGGUAAGAGUGUUAAAGAGACUCUCGAGGAGCUUUACUGCCAGAAAAUGGUCAGUUCACAGGGUAUUCUCAUUGAGGCAGAUGAAAUCGGCGACGUCCGCAUGGCAAAGUACAAACUCAUGAACCAAGAGGCUCCGCAAAUCCAAAAAGAAGAGAUCAUUAGAGGAGAUCUGAGCAACAUCAUGAUGAACCUUCUAAACAACAGGGAGACCACUGAAAGGGUCGUAACGGUUGACGAGCAGGAACGAGGGAACAUUAACACCACAGUGAAGCGGCUUUUCAACCAGGAGAAAGAAAUGAAUGUUGAGAAAGAAGCGAUUAUCCGCGGGGACAUCCAGGAGGCGAUGAGCAACCUGCUCAAGAAUGAAGGCUCCUCCAAGCGUGGGAUUCUGAUUCAGGAAGAUGAAAAAGGCGAUGUGAGGAUGACGAUCUAUUCGCUUCUGAACAAGGAGGAGAACGUCAGCAUGGGGAAGGAGGAAAUAAUUCAAGGGAACGUCAGCAAGACACUUCAGCGUCUACUCUCCAACUCAGGAGAAGAUGAUCCUAAAAAGAUACGGGUCGGAGACACGGAAAGAGGAAAUGUUAGCUUCUACACUACGUGCAUUGAGUCAGGGGCCUUGGAUUAUCUCAAACAGUUUCAGUCUGAGGAAACUCAAGUAGAGGUGCAAAAGGAGAGCAUCAUAGGUGGCGACAUUGAAGAAACAAAGAUUUUGUUAAGGAAGAAUCAGCAGCAGAUAGGCCGCACUGUGGCAGAGGACGACAUCGUUCCAGGAGACGUAGACGGCAUUGUCAAGGUGUUCAUGGCAGAGCCCAAUGUUACGUACCGAAACCUGGAGAAAGACAUUGUUAAAGGUGACCUUAGUGCAGCUUUAGAUUCACUGUCCCAGGCUAUCAAUCAGAAAGUGAUCAUAGAGAAAGAAGAGGUGGUGAAAGGGGACAUACCAAUGACUUUGAAGUUCCUCGAAGAGGCAAAGCAUCAAGCCAAGGAAAUGGAAAAGCCUGAAAUUAUCAGAGGAGACAUCAGAGGUGCCCUUCAGUCACUGGAGAAAUCUGCAACUGCCAAAACGGACGCAAGUGUUGAAGAUUUAGUUCCGGGAAAUAUCAAAGGGACCCUGAAAUCCCUGGAGGAGGCGAAACAAGUGGUGAAAGAGAUGGCAAAAGAGGAGAUUGUCAGAGGAGAUAUUCACACGGCCAUGCAGAGUUUACACGAGGCCACGAGUGAGAAAAAGACUUAUCAGCACCAAGUCAGCGAACAAGGGGACGUUAAAGCCACCAUUCAGCUUUUGCUCGAGCCAACCACUUCGCCGAGAUCUCAACGCAGAGGCAGCGUUGAAGGAGACGUGAAAACGUCCAUUAAAUGUCUUUACGAGGGGCAGGAGACAACACAGGUGGAAAAAGAAGAGGUUGUUAAGGGAGAUGUUCAGGGUGCUAUAAAGUGCCUGAUGCAGAAGAAGCAGUAUUCAAACAAGAAACGUGUGCAUCCUCCUAAGAAGGCAAAAAUGCCCAUGAAAAAUCCAUCAACUGUAAAGCAAAUGGAGCAUGAAAGCAUGCAUGAGGAGCAGAGUGAGAAAGUAGCACUCGCUGCAGCCCCCGUGGUGAAAAACCUCUCACAGAGCAGUGAGUCACAGAGGCACCAUGAAAGCAAAUCUGUGAAAACGCAGGUAAUAACUCAAGAGGACCACUCUGUCGCUGUAGUCAAAACAGGCAAUCCUGCCGGGGCCUCUCAUCAGAAGAGCGGAGAAGAACAGAAGGACAAAGUGGUGCCCCCACAGAAAGUACAAGCUCCUAAGCCUAUUACGAUAAAGAACACACAAAAGACCAUUCAUGAUCAAACAGAGAGUAAAGCUGUCGACGCGGCUCUGAUGAAAGGGGUGCAAAACACAACGCAGACAAACGUCUCGAGCAAACAGAUACGCGAGACGAAAACAAGCAAACAGGUGCUGACUGCAGCGACGGAGAAGACGGUGGUGCAGACCGUCUCAGAGCAGAAGGUGCUCGCUCAGAAGCAGAGCAUCAAAAACCUGAAGAGUGAAUAUCGGAACCUCGACACUAAAGGGAAGGGAGCGGUCAAAAAGGCCACACCUGAGAUUCACUUCCCCCCUCCACCCUCCUCGCCACCUCCGCCCUCUGAGUCGGAGUUCUCGCUUCCCCCGCCGCCAUCUCCAGUGACAGAGAGCCCCGCAUCACCCACAUCCAGGCUUCUUAUCAUGAGGGAGGACAGUGAUCUGCCUCCCCCACCUCCCCCGCCUCCUCCACCCAUGGAAUGCGUAAAGUCUGAGCCUGAGUUUUUCCCACCUCCGCCCCCUCCACUGUCCUCUGCAGGUGGACAGGAUUUUCUCCCUCCACCUCCAUCACAGCAAGAGCUCAAUGCGUUACCUCAGCUUCCUCCUGCAAAGCAAGGAAAGCCUUUUGGUAAACAUUUGUUUAAAGAGGCCAAGCAGCCGGAGCCACCCAAGCAGCUCCAAGUUAAACCCAAGUGGCAAAAAAAGCAACCAGCUCCUCCUCCGGCUUCCUCUCAGCCUCCUCCUGGCCAAGAAGCAUCAGCACCAGCAUCAAGUAAAGAGGAAACUCAAGUUCAGGAGGCAAAACACGAAAAAGUCCUACAAACCAAGAUGGUUAGCCAGACAAAAACAGUAGCAGUGUCACCAACGAGAAUCCCAAGCACCCCAGUGAUUAAACCAGAGCUAAAACAAAGCCCACAACCACCCAAAAAAGUGUUUGCUCCUCCCCUUAAACUGCCCUCACCUCCUGACCCAGCUCCAGCUCCUAAGGCGAAACCCUUCGCUCGCAAAUUCAAAACGCCUCUCAUGCUCGCAGAGGAACGGUAUCGUCAACAGAUGCAGGAGAAAGAGGAAACAGACAAAAGUACAGCUUCUACUCCCACUUCACCACCGCUCAGUACACAAUCACCUGCUGCUGGUGCAGAGCCGUCUGCAGCAGAUAACACUGAGAAAGAAGUGAUGACAAAAGUCAUAAGUCAAGAUGAAAUAUUAGUAAAGGAGGCACCUGCCAAGAAAUGCCCUUCCCAAAUCCCUCUGAGCAAACCCUCGAUCUCCGUCGUGAAUAAAAAGUCCACCUCUGCAUCUUCAAAAGUGUCCUUCGAUCAAAAGCAAGCGUGUGAAAAAGCCCCACCCUCAGCCGGCGUUUCUGGAUCUCAGUCUUGUCAUCAGGCCUCAGAAAAGGAAAUGCAGUCAUGCUCGAGCGUGGUCGCUUCUUCAGUCACGGAGCAGCAGCGGUUUAUUAAGACGUCCAGCAGCAGGUCCAUCACUGCCACACACAGCGCCGUCCAGGACGACGUAAAUCUUCAAAGCCAGCCCGCGGUCACACUGAAAACGGAGGACGUAAAGAAUAAUAAUGUGCCUCUGUCGCAGGAGGUGAAAACCGGUCCCUCUCAGCCCACUAAAAUUCCAAAGGUAACUCCGAGUUUCAAAGUGAAAACGUUUAAGAUGCCAACAGAGAAGAAUGAAGAGAAGUCUGACAGUUCUGGGCAGACGGGAAUAAUAAAAAGCGAAACACAUUCACAGCAGGAAAAAGGUAUGGCGUCGCAGAAAGCUGAAUCAAAAGUCGAUUUGGAAAGCAGUCGGCUGACUGCGGCGAGAACCGAGAUGAAAACAGAAGUUAAAGAGAAUAAAAUCCAGGUGUCGUCACCGAUGACGGAGGUGGAAGUGAAGGCUCAGGCGAAAAGGGGAAAGCAGGUGCAAAAAAAGGAGGCGGAAAUAAAGCCGUCGUCAUCAGUUAGCGUUUCAGGAGCUAAGAUGACCAAGAUAGCAUCUGUGCCGACUCAUCAAGGGCAGGACCUUGUUUUGGCGUCCCACAGUCAUCAAAGCGUGAAGGCGGAGCACAUCCAGAGGCACGAGGAGGUUGUUGUCACUGAGAGAGUGUUUCAGCAGAAGCAAGAGGCCGUUCAUGUGCAGCAGCAGCAAACCAGGCUACACGCAAAAGAGACACAUAAGGCAGAAAAGUCCAAAGUUGACUCGAAGGACGCGGCGCUCAAAGGUACGAGCAAAACGACCCAUAAAGAUGAGGCUCAGUCAGAGGAGACGUCGGCUGAAGAGAAAUGCACUGCGAUGCAGAAGCUAGUUGUUCAACUAAAAGAGCUGGAGGGCACGCCGAGCAGAAUAGACUCCAGCACCGUCAUGGCCGUCAUACAGGAAGUCCCUGCUUGGGUAAUGGGCUUGGAGGAGAAAAAGAAUCUAGGCGAACUUGCUAAACGGCAAAGCAAGAAAAAGCUGAAAGAGAUGCUGGCUUAUAUGAAAAGUAUCAUUCAAACAAAAGUCACCAGUUUGGAGAAAAGCGUUGUGGAAAAGGAGAUGAAAGAGGAGGCGCCAAAGGUACCUACCACCCCAGACAAGAAACCGCUCGCUGGGGCGACUUCGAAGGCAUCAACGGUUAGCAUAGCCUCGUCCAAAACAGAGAAGAAGGAAGAGAAAAGGUUACUUCACGAAACUAAAAGCGCUCACGACCUAAGUGACGCGCCCGCUCAGAGAAUAUCCUCUCCGUUAGCUAGCAUCCGCACGCCCUCGCCUACUUAUAUCACGAUUGAAUCGAGGAGAAUCGAGUCACCCUUGAGAGUGACUCCGUCUCCUCCACCUUACAAGUCAGUAGGGACACCCCCACCGCCACCUCGUAAAUCAUACACACCUACAUUCAGCAGGGCCACGCCGUCUCCCACCCUCAGCCGCUCAGACAAACUGAUGAAACUGAGGGAUACCACCGCCAAGCUUUCCCGUGGAAUGACCCCACCUCCUCCCAUGCCGGCGCCGGAGUGUUUGGCUGCUGAAAGGGAGCAGUCUUCCCCGUUUGACGACAGGGAAACUCCCACUGAUAGGUGUGAGCAUGGGUCAACGGAUGUCAUGGAGAUGGUGGACUCCAUGAUGACAGUUAAAGACAAAAAGAGUUUCUUUGAGGAGGCGCAGAAGGCCGAGGUGAACAAAACGUACAUCCGGAAAGAUCCGAUUGACAUCCCUGAACGUCUCGGACCUGAUGCAGAGGACGCCGGUGAGGCCGUAGCCAUUGACCUUCUGCGAGAGGAUCUACCAAGAGUUGAUUUAACCAAACUUGUGAACAAAUUUGAGUCUCCUCAACCAAAAGUGUACACGAGAAAAGAGCCCAUUGUGAUAUCGGAGAGGCUGGGGAGUGACACAGAAGAUGCGGAAGUGGAGGUCCACAGUCCAAGAUCGGAAGAGAUUCCAAUAUUCACCGUGAAAGCCAUAAAGGACGUGUUUGAGACAGGAGAGCACGGUUCUCAGGCAGCCAGAGAACUUAGAGAACAAAUAGAGAGAAGAGAACCUGAAUCGGCCCAUUCUGCACCAGCGCAUCACUCAGAAACAACUUCAGUCACUGAGCAAUUCUGCAGCUACGACAACUUGGGAAGCGUGACAAGAGAGACGAGGAGUGAGGUGCAUUCUGGGAGCUCUAUGAUUCGAGGUAGCCCUCCGUCCUACGCAGAUGUUGUGAGGGGAAGCGUUCCAGCUGUCCCUGUGCCACCCGAGGCCUCUACAGAGGAACUGCUGAGGAACUUCCAGCAGUCAUGGGCCGAGAGCCAAGGAGUUUUCCAGAACCUGAGAUUUAGCGUCACAGAACAGAGGACUUCACAGGUCGUAACGCACCAGCAGGAGACCUUUGUGGCGGAAAAUUCAAAUUCCAGAGUCCGAACUGUGCAGGGUGUGUCGGAAGAGGGUGUACCCCAUGGAGUCGCUGAUCGCAGACAAACAAAACUUCCAUAAAGGCUGCUUUCGCUGUGACCACUGCAAAGGCAAACUAAGCCUCGGUAACUACGCCUCUCUCCAUGGACGAAUGUACUGCAAACCACACUACAAGCAACUUUUCAAGUCCAAAGGGAAUUACGACGAGGGAUUUGGACAAAAACCGCACAAAGAACUUUGGAACAACAAGAACCAAACAAAUUCAGCAGUGAAGUCACCAGCAACUGAAAAGAAAGUUAUAGAUUUCAAAUAUACCUCCAUUCACGAGAGCGACGUAACCAAGUUGGUGGACGAGAACA